CCGUGCCGAACAUUCAACCCAGACAACACAGCUUACAAUCACGCACCCGCCACCUUCUCACACGCGGUCUCGACGCGCUCGAAUCGAUUACACACCGAGGUGAUUACUUCACCGUGCAUCGCAGCCAGAUUGUUAUUCUGCUUAACGUAGCUAUGACUACUACUGCACAAGCUGUCCCAGCCCUUGAGGUCUCUGCACCAGACGACAAUAUGGAUGUGCUGUCCGACACAGGCUUCGAUUUCGGCGAUGGCGACAUUGAUCUCGAUCUGGAUACUGCACCCUCGGUACAGGAUGACGAUAUGUCACUUAACGACGUGGCGACAGAUGAUGUUGUCGAUAUGGAAGAGCCGCCUGCUGAUCAAGACGAUUUCAUGGUUGACCAUGGCGACCUGAUUGAGGAAGACGAUACAUACAACGACAGCGGCGCUACCGCAUCAGCAGCAGUGUCACAGACUAUAGAUCAGGGCGCAGAUACUUUCGAAGCAGAUAUGCUUGCGCCACCAGAUGAAGAUCUGAUCGACUAUUCGGACGAUGAGGCACAACAGCAGGUCAAGAUGCACAGCCCUUCGGUGCAUGAUGAUGAAGAAUUGCAAGCUUCCUACGAUGCUGAGAUUGCACCUGUGCCCGUCAACGACCAAAAUCAGGAUGACAAGGCGCAGGGACAUGCGCAGCCAGUCGAGUCCACUGAGAAUUUCCAUCGUGAAGCACCAAUUCAAGAAGAUGCCGUCGCGGAGAGCUUUGAAACAACAGAGACGAAUCCUGAGUAUCAACCAGUGGAUGCAGAGUUGUCGCACGAAGCCAAUGAGGAUAAUCAUGUGCAUGUCGACGACGGUGGUGUCCCGCUUCCAACAGAUGAACAGUCGUACUCACACUCUGAUAAUGCCAUCGCUGAACAGCAAGAAAUCACUGAACAGCAAGAAGGACUGCAACAAAAUGCAACCGAUGGUAGUGGGAGUACCCAUCAACUCGUCCAGCAGAUCGAGCUGCGACCAGUGACCGUGAAUUACGCAGGCAACGAACUGUGGCUUUUCAAAGGGCAUGAUCUCGAGGAAAGCGGUGAUUUCCUGCUUGAAGAUAUGUCCGUCGCUAAGUCUAGCAUGUCGGAUCUUUUUCAAGCUUGCAGAUUGUCCCUCGGUGACGAUGUUUCCGGCGAACACGAGAUAGGCUUUCGAUUCGACCAUUUGCACAACCUAGAGCUCUAUGAAGACAACACUGCAUGUGUAGCUGUGUCUCUAGAGCGCUUGGUUGAUCUGUAUCACACGUUACAGGCACAGGAUGACAACGAGGACCCUGAGUGUUUUUACGUCACUUUGCAGUUCCGUCCACGAUUUGCCACACUGCUCGCUGACGUAGCGCAAUAUGCUGAGCAGGGUAGUGGUUACUCGGCCUUGGACGCUGCGGUGGCAGCCGGCGAGACGCACUUCUCGAAUGUGUUCUCCAGUGCAUCGACCGAGCAUGAACACGUAGAGUGGGACGACGAAGAAAAUGAAGACGAAGAUGCAAGCUCGCCUGAUUCUGAUCACAGCACUGCACCAGAGCGAGUGGAGGCUAUUGGACAGAAUGAACAGCCUCAUAAUGAAGCAGAGGAUGAACAAGAAGAACAUGAAGACGACUCCAGUCAAGAGCAGCAACAGGGCGUCGACUUGAAAGAUGCGUGGCAUGAGACCCCUGGCACUCAGGAUGAUGAAUCUUUUCUUGCACAAGAGAGUGCUGACUUCGAUCCUCCGAAGAGCUCAGCCCCCGAAGUAUCCAACGAAGACGUAGAGACAGCACCCGACUCUGCACCUGCAACAGCCGAACGAGACGGGUCUGAACCACUGGAUAAGAGGACCCCCGAUCAGAUUGCGCACGAUAAGCAGGAGGCAGACGACUUUGUUGACUACAGUGAUGAUGAAGAUGAUCAAGAGACCAAGUCCGUGCCAGCGGAAGAGCCCUCUCCGUCCUCGUCUACCGUGCAAGGAGACGAACCUACAGAUACUCAAGAGCCGAGUCCCGUUCUUGAGCGCGACAGCCAGGAUGAUGCAAACGCUGCUGGGGCCUUCUUCGAUGGGAAUGACGACGACACCACUCUGCUUGCUCAAACACAAUAUGGUGAUGAUUCAAACCACUAUGCCUUCCAAGAUUACACAGAGACAUACGAGCAAGGUGAUCUCUUCCAGGACUAUCAAGCAGAUGGUACUGGAGGGGAUCUAUUUGAUGCCAACGAUGCCGGGAACGGCAACGCUAACCAAGACUUCUCCGAUUACAACUUCCAGGGCUUGGAUGGAGAAGUCAACUUAGGUUUUGACGAGCAGCCACUGGACGAAGCCGAUCACGACGAUCAUGGUAACGAGACCUUCGAGACUAUUGAGGAUGUCUCACAUGCCGAUGCUCUUCUAGACCUCGACAAUGCUCCUGAGUGGGCGAUCGACACUGACCCGGCUCCAAACUCUACAGGGGAGAAUGUGGUCCUUUUGCAUGAUGACGACACCAUUCAUGGUGACGAUGAGGGUAGCACGGUUGGACAGCUUGCGACCGAAACGUCGCCGACUGGAGCCCUUGCAUUGAUCUCGUCAAAUGACAACGAACUAUCUUCCCCGCAAGGACAAAAGAGGUCGAUUGACGAGAUCGGCGAUGGGGCUGAUGAUACUGUUCACUCUGCGGGUAUGAUCUCACGCUCAUCGUGCAAGAGACGUUCCAAUGCUAACAUCUGCUUGCCAGAUGCCAAAAGACCAAGAGUUUGAAACCCGCCACUCUCGAAGUUUUUCGAACGCCUUUCGACUACUAAUACUUAGCUCUCCCUUUCACGACCAUUUGCUAUCUUACUCGGAUGAGGCUCAGCAAUGACAAUCUCUUGGCCCGUGCGAACUACUGGCACAGUCUAAUGUCGAGAUUGAGUC